AUGUGCUCACUGCUUAGCCGGUGGUGGAGGCUUUGCUCGCUGGUGGAGCUGUGGUUAGUAUCUUUGUUGAAGUCGCUGGUGGUCGCUAGUGGUUCUUCUUGUGGAUUAAGCUCCGAUGGUCUUCCUCGUCAAAGACAAAUGCUGUUGAAUGGUUGGAGUUCGUCGGAGAAGAGUCUGGCUGAGAGUG